AUGUGGAAACUUCGUCAGAACUUAACUAUUUCCACAACUACUAAACGAUUGCAUCGUCAGUUAAUGUUAGCAUUGAUAAUUCAAACAUUGAUUCCGUGUUUCACUAAUUUUUUUCCGUGUGUUCUUGGUUGGUAUAGUCCUAUUUUAGAAGUUGAUAUAGGAAAACAUGCAAGCGUCGCAGUUAUCACAACUGCAGCUUUUCCUAUAAUAGAUCCGAUUGCAGUUAUACUUUUAUUGCCAAAUUAUCGACGGCGAAUUUUCAAAACUUCGCUUUUACCGAGAUCUGAUAGUAACACAAUGUUUUAA